UGGGUGCAAUGCACUGAAAUAAAUUAUUGACGUGUAUCACGAUUUAGGUUGAUAAAUAGACAUAACAUUGUUAGUAACGCCAGAACAAAAUGUAAUGUUCUCAUAAUGUAUACACUUCAAACGAUAGCUUUGUUAAUAUUCGGAUUUUAUUUGAAUUCAUGCACAUGCGCAGAGUGUGGUGGGGUCUUGACAGAUCCAUUUGGCGUCAUCACGAGUCCCAACUUUCCGUCGCAUUACAGUAACGAUGUUGAAUGUACAUGGAUCAUCAACGCACCAGAGGGCUAUCAGAUCAAUGUGAACUUUACAGACUUUGCACUGGAGGACAACUCCAAUUGCAAUUAUGACUACCUGGAACUCUUCAACGGGCGUUCCGCUUCUUCUUCGUCAAUCGGAAAGUUCUGCGGGACAGUCCCACCUAGAGGAUUCACGUCGCAAUCAAACAAUGCCCGUAUUGUCUUCUUCACAGACUCCGGCGUUAGUGCGAGGGGCUUCAAUUUGUCGUACACAUUCUCCUUAAAAGGUAGCAUUUAUAUGGGCUGUUAUCCAGAUAGCGGCAACCGAAUACUUGCAGAAUAUGAACACUUGUCUGAUUCGAACUCACCAGCCGAGUGUUCAAAAAACUGCAGCAACUACAAGUUUUUCGGAGUGGAGGUUUGCUGCCCACCCGGAAGUUAUAGCGUGAACUGUUCUAAGCAAUGUCAUUGCCGUGUGAGUUCAUGCGACGAUGUUACGGGUGCAUGUGGAAAUGGUGGCUGUAAAGACGGAUGGACAGGAAAAGCGUGUAAUGAAAGCUGCCCAACCGGAAGGUACAGCGUUAACUGUUCAAAGCUAUGCCAUUGUCGUUUGGGUCCAUGUGACGGUGUUACGGGUGCAUGUGGAAAUGGUGGCUGUAAAGACGGAUGGACAGGAAAAGCGUGUAAUGAAAAAUGUGGUGGGGUCCUGACGGGCCCAUUUGGCGUCAUCACGAGCCCCAACUACCCAUCGAAUUACAGCAGCAAAAUUAAAUGUACCUGGGUCAUCAACGCACCAGAGGGCUACUGGAUCAAUGUGAACUUUACAGACUUUGCACUGGCGGUCCACACCAAUUGCAGUUAUGACUACCUGGAGCUCUUCCAUGGACCUUCCACAUCUUCUCCGUCAAUCGGGAAGUACUGCGGGACAGUUCCACCUAUGGGGUUCACGUCUCAGUCGAACUACUCCUGUAUUGUCUUCUCCAGAGACUCCGGGGUUGGUGCGAGGGGUUUCAAUCUGACGUACACAUUCUCCGUACAAGGUAUCAUUUAUAUGGGCUGUUAUCAAGAUAGCAGCAACCGAAUCCUUGCAGAUUAUGAUUACUUUUCUGAUUCGAACUCACCAUCCGAAUGUUCAAAAACCUGCAGCCGCUACAAAUUUUUCGGAGUGGAGUUGAGGAGGCAUUGUCUCUGUGGUAAUACGCUUAAUUCAGCAACCCCAACACUAGAAUCAGAGUGCAAACUGAUUUGUCCGGGCGACAAAAGCCAGAUAUGCGGCGCUCAUUGGAGGACUAACCUCUACAGACAUUGGGAAUGCCUACCCGGAAGUUACAGCGCAAACUGUUCCAAGCUAUGCCAUUGCCGUAUGGGCCCAUGCGACGUUGUUACGGGUGCCUGUGGAAAUGGUGGCUGUAAAGAUGGAUGGAAAGGAAAAGCGUGUAAUGAAAGCUGCCCACUCGGAAGUUACAGCAUAAACUGUUCUAAGCAAUGCCAGUGCCUUGUGGGCCCAUGUGACAGUGUUACAGGUGAAUGUGGAAAUGGUGGCUGUAAAGAUGGGUGGAAAGGAAAAGCGUGUAAUGAAAGCUGCCCACUCGGAAGUUACAGCCUAAACUGUUCCAAGCAAUGCCAGUGCCUGAUGGGCCCAUGCGACAAAGUUACGGGUGAAUGUGGAAAUGGUCGCUGUCAAGAUGGGUGGAAAGGAAAAGCGUGUAAUGAAAGCUGCCCACUCGGAAGUUACAGCAUCAACUGUUCUAAGCAAUGCCAGUGCCUUGUGGGCCCAUGUGACGGUGUUACAGGUGAAUGUGGAAAUGGUGGCUGUAAAGAUGGGUGGAAAGGAAAAGCGUGUAAUGAAAGCUGCUCACUCGGAAGUUACAGCCUAAACUGUUCCAAGCACUGCCAGUGCCUGAUGGGCCCAUGCGACAAAGUUACGGGUGCAUGUGGAAAUGGUGGCUGUACAGAUGGAUGGAAAGGAAUAGCGUGUAAUGAAACAUCGGAAGAUACAAAACAAUCGUCGACAAUUAUAUGGAUUUCAACGGCUUCGGGAUCUGGUCUGCUGAUAGUUUGCGUCACCACCAUUGUAUGUGUGUGUUCCCGAACAAAGAAACGCAAGAGGGCUCUGGAAGCCAUUCAAUCACGCCGAAGUCAGUUUUCCCGAAGCUUUCCAACGGCAGGCAUGCACAUCACGGUUCCGUCCCAGAAACAUUAUGUGCGAUGCAACCCAGAGCCUCGUAAUGAAAAGGAGCCAGAUCCCACUUUCCCUUCUGUGGGGGACAAUGAGUAUCUUACACUGUCGGACCUUGAUCUGGAGGGGAGCGAUUAUCAUCACAUAGCAGACUGUGAUGUGUAUUCAAGUGAGUAUGCUGGAAUAGCGAAUGCCACAGGAACGAGCCUUCAAUCUUACAGGGCACUUCCCCCAAUACCGGGCGCCACUAGCAGCACGGACGAUGAUAACCUACAACCAGUGACUGCGAAUCUCUCAAAGGACAUAUCACUCGAAACAAAGGACAAGCCGUUACGUCAAACGAGUGGCACUUGGUACAUAACACCAGUGACAAGAGAGCUUUCUGUGGAAAUGCAUGCACUACUUAACACAAAUGACAAGCCGUUACGUCGAGCGAGUUUACCUUUGAAUAAAACAUCAGGGACAAUAGAUUUGUCUAUUCACAAGUUUUCAACCCUGUAAAAUAGGAUGAAUUAGUUUAUUUUGUAAAAGAAAAAAAUGUUAAUGUAAAUAAGGUUUCAAAAUAGCAAGACCAGAUUUUGAUUUAAUUUGUAUUUAAAAAGCCAACAUAGUUUGUAAACCCUCAAACCGGUAGCUGUAUAUUGAUUUUUGUCUUUAAUUAGACCCAUUCGCUUCGUUCGAUGGAAGUUUUUAUUGCAUUUCUUAGAAAUACAAAGGAAACAUAUGGUCAAUAAUGAAGCGUGGUUUUUGUUUUGCAUCUUAAGUGAUCAUUUUAUUGAAUUAAUGUUUUCCCAAGAACAUUUUUAAAUAGUGUUUUUUUUUUGUUGUUAUGUUUUUUAAAAUUGUUUGUGUGCGGUUGGCUAUAAUGGACAUCCGUUUGCGUAACUGAAAUACGAUUAUAUGAGUUAAGUAGUUCGGUUUUGAGAAAUAAAACAACCGUUAAAUAAAAUGGACUAAUACCGAUUUAUAGUUAACGUUGGCGAUUGCUUUUUAGUGCGACUAAUUUUGUGUUGUUAGUCUCCUAAAUUUCCCAACCGGACAUUGUAAAAGGGUGUUUUCUUUAACAUUGCCUUUUGUAAAUCGAAAUACAUACUGUUGUAUAUACAUUGUUUUCUUGAUAUUAAAUACCGCUGUACAGUGUAGAUGUAUAUUGAAGAAAUUUAUAUUGAUUUUUUUUUCACAUGCAUAACAUUGUUUCAUUUGAUGUAUGCCUUAAGCUACUUAAUAAGUAUAUAUAUAUAAUACAGUAUGAUUUUAUUAUCCAAACAAAAUGAUCUAGUUUAAGUAAUGUUAUAUUAUUUACGCGUAUCUAGAUAUAAAUGAACUAUACACUUGGAGACUUUUCUAACGCAUCACUUAAUCAUAGCAAUAUAGCUCCCUUAUUUUUGAACGGCUUGUGUUGAAAUUUGGACCAAGAAUAAUUCAACACAUAUCUGAUAAUUCCUGAAAAUUUAAUUGAAAUUGAAAAACAACAACAUACAAAACUUAACAAAUUAAAAACGUCACUUCAAAAGUCAAAUUCGCAAACUCGUGAAACGUUAAAUAAUAACAAUGUGAAAAGUAAAACACAUUAACUUACACGUCUUAAUAACUGACCGGCUUGCAAGAUGCCGAUUGGGCCGUUUCGCUCCUGAAUAUUCAUACGCGCAAUAUUGUUUUUCUUUUAUUAAUGUUGUGUUUUUCUUGUGUUAAAACUUACCUAGAAUUAUGAAAUUAAAAUUAAACUGGAAUAACAUGUAUAUCGCCUUUUACUACACUUGAUGAUUUUUCUUACGCAAUACUUUUAAAACUUACAUAUCUCAGUAAUGAGUAAAUAUUUGUGUUUAAAAUUGCACAUGUGAUCAUUUGACUACAAUAUGUUCAAUCUUACGAUAAAAUCAUUCAUCCGUAACGAUCGGACAUUUAGCAAGUGGGAAAGGUAGCCUGUGCAAUGCAAAAUGCGCGAUUGCGCUCUUGAAUAUUACUACGAGCUAUAUUGUUUUAUAAUUAAUUUUAUGUUUUCCUUGUGUUAGAACCCACCUAAAAUAAUUAAAUUGAAAUAAAACUAGAAUAAAUUCGCGUUUCCACAUUUCCACGUGCACAAAUAUAGAGCCACUCCUACCAUACGUGCUAAAGCGUCAAAUAGUCACGGUUGAAUGAUUUAAUCGUGAGCUUGCAUAAAAUGUUGUCAAAUGAUCGUAUGUAAAAUUUUAAAUCAAUAUCUUUACUCAUAACUGAGAUAUUCAAGUUUGAAAAGUGAUGCGUUAGAAAAGUCCCCAAGUGUAUAUAUGUUCUAUAUUCAUU